GAACUGUCUAUUUUAUUGUCACCUAGCUAACGACUGUAGUUAGCAGGUGCGUCGCAUUAUAAAUAGUUUGCAUAGCUAACAGUUAGCUACGUAAUGAGUCAACUAGCUACAGCUGGGCUGGCUGUAGUACAUCAACUAUCAAGUCGUUUUUAUUCGUGUACAUUUAUGCCACGUUCACAAGCUAGUCGGAACUAGGAAACUCGGAAAUGUCCAACUUGCAAAUUAGUGUGAACGCGGCAUAUAUUUAUUGACACGCUUUCUCUAAACAUUGACACGCAUCGCUUAUUCUUUCAGCCAGCUGUAGACGUGGAAAGAUGCGGGGCAUAGACAUCCUGGAGAACUUUGAGAUCUACAUCCCCAAAGAGGCAGAGGUGAAAAUCACCUCUAUUCUGACUCUGCCAACCUCCAUCUUGAGAAGGAUGGGAGUGCCCCACUCUCAGGGUGGCAGUGCAAAGAGAGUUUCCUCGCCUUUGGCCACGUGGAUCUCGCCAGUGGUCAUCCGAGAGAGAGGCUGUUCACCGGCCAGCCCCACAGUGGAUACAGCCAAGAUUAACCUGACCUCAAUGGUGACCAAGGAACCCAAGGCAGCCCAGGGUCCCUUCUUGAUCCCAUUUGUCUCCUCCAGCUGCACGGCCUUCAAUGUCCUCAGGGAGUUCUUGCCCUCCAGACAGAACUUCCAGCAGGGUACUGCCACCCAGAUUGACCCACUCCCUCAUGGCCUGCCCCCUGUGCCCCACCAGGAUGCCAUCAUCAUCCACAAGGGGAGGAUCUUCCUGUCAAUCAAGAAAGCAAAGACUAUCAGAGGAAAGAGGCAGCACAGCCCUGACCUGAAUAACUUGUUGUCUUCCGAGGCCCCUCAGACCACACAGCAAGAACUGAUGUUCCUCUCACCUGCCAGGAAGAGCCAGAAGAAGUCCUGCCCCGCAUCUCCAAAGCCGUCUCCUAAAAAGCCCCAGGGGAAGUGGGCAUUGCUGCAGAGGUUCGGCCUGACCCACCAAGUCCAGGUGAAGUUGUCCAGAAUCCCCCAGGGGGACAUUGAGCCACAGCAGACUGCCGAACAGGGUCACUCAGCGGAAGAGGAUCAUAACACAGAGCAACCUGUUGGUGAAGUUUCCAGGGAGCUGUCCUUUAACACACAUGAUCAAGUCAUACGGAAGUUAUUGAACGCCAACAGGUUGUUAAAGGAGACACCUGGCAGAUGUCCUGAACAGGAGAUGGAGUUGGUGACUCAAGAGGAAAACAAGCCUUUGAAUGAGGAGACCCAAGAAUCAUUAUCAAAGACAGCAAAUCGGCACCCUUGCUCAAGCGAAGGCUUUCAGGGCAGAGGUGGGAUUACCAGUGAGACAGAUGAUGAUGCUGAGGAGGAGCCUGAGGAAGAGGGAUGUCACAAUUUGGGUAGUGUCAAACAACGACGAGUUGAGGACAAAGGUAAGAGUGGGGCAGAGGGCCAAGCCACCAAUGGGGAUGAGUCUGAGGUGGAAGAUCUCUCUGUUACGGCUGUUGCUUUGAGUGACAGCUUACCUCCACCAGAGGCCCUGAAUGCAGACCAAAGCAGUGAUACGGUUAUGCAAGUUGACUUCACGGGGGACAGUGUUCAGAGUUGGACGGCGGAGUGCCCAAUCAUACCCGCUCUAGCCACCACCCCCAAACAGCACCAUGGUUUUGACUUUGAGCAUUCGGCCCGUGAGGAGAGGAUCAACCGUAUCAGGGCCAAAUUGAGAGAGAGCGAGGCUGCCCUCAACAACCUGCGCUCUCCAAGUUGACUGUCUUCAAAGUGGGAAACAAUUAUUUCAAGGGCCCUCAGAUGUUGAAUGCCAUGAACGAUUAUUUCACACACUUUCAUUUUUUAAGCGCUGCUAGAACAUCCAUUCUGUAACUAUUAUUUAAAAAAAAUGUGGAACCCAUAAACUUCUCCACUCCUUAUCUUCCAAGACCUGUGAUCCAUCAUCUUUGAUGGGCAAAAAUAUUUUACGUUAGAAAUAACUCAAAUCUAAAUUCUAUAAUUUUAUUAGAAAAUUCAAAAGGACUUUUUACUUUUCGUUUGAUUAUAUCUGAUGUGAAAGCAGCGUUUGUUUGAUCAAACUUGCCCAGCUAUCGAAUUUGAAGAUUAGUUAUUAGAGUAGCAGUUAUUCUUUUAGGGUCGGAUUCAGACUUUUUUUUACACUUUUUGAUUUAUGCAGUUCUCAGUUGUUGGUAUUCAGAAUUGAUGGGCUUUACAGGUGUGGCUCCCUUGCACUCACUAAAUUUAUAUAAUUAAAAUACUGAAACCCCUCCCACUUGCUGGGCAACAGAUUUUCUUGUUGAGGAUUCAUUUAAAUACGGUGUACCUUUUUAAAGCUACAAUAUGUACAUUUUUGUGGCGACCAGACCAAAUUCUCAUAGAAAUUUGUUUUAUAGAUCUGUCAUUCUCAUUGAAAGUAAGUCUAAGAAGCAGUUCUGUGCGCCAUUUCUAUGCUUCCCGUUCGUAAGUUUAGAAUUUGCGUCUUUCGGUUUUGUACACCAGAUUCAAACCGCUGACAGCUGGUUUAGAUGGUACAAUGGUUUUCUACACCAAACAUUGCUUGUUUUGUCACAAUCUGAAAUAAAGAAAGCUUUAAAUUUUAGCAACCAUAAAA